AUUGCGACAGGUGUAACUACUGUAACGUCACACAGAAGUGAAGCUAAAUGUAGUUGAUAGCUACCAACAACGCUCCUGACAGCUGAAGAGCAUGAAGCCUACAGGAGAUUUAAAGAAACAGAGCAGUAUUUUCAGGACCAGUUAUACAACAAGGCCAGGCCCUGUUGCCUUUGAAAUUGCACCAUCAAUUCAAUACAACUUAAUUUAAAAAUACGUUAUUGAUCCCAAAGGAAAAUUAAAUAAAAAAGAAUGAAUUAAUUAAUUAAACUUAGGUCCAUUUUGGGAUCAGUCCCCUGUAUGUUCUGAAUCUGAUCUCAGAACAGUCAACUGGCCUGGUGUGUAUUUUUGACCGGUUUCCAUUGGUUACAGCUGCUCCAUGCAUGUUGUGGAAUGCUCCUGUGUGUCCACUCCUGUGUUUAUGGUGUUGAUCUGGUUUGGCAUCAUCUGACAGCAGAAUGGGUGGGGGAGACAGGCUCUGUGAAAAGGUUGUUGUUUCUCCUGCGCCAGGAGGCGGUGCUCAGCAGGACAAGCAGUGGGCCCUGCUGCCGCUGAUCAGCCAUGGAUAUGAUCAGCAGCUGGAAUCCAGGAGACAGGAAGGUGAUCCAGAGGAAGAAGAGCAGCCUUCCUCCCUCAGUGGAAGAGCAGCUUCCUUCCUGUCCAGCUGUAACAGCCAUACCUGCACAGCAGCCUGCUACAUUGAGUUUUCCAUGUCGAAGUCGGCCCAGAUGCCGCUGUCCAACAUCACGGUGCCAAAGCCCUCCAUCUCCAGGGUGCCCAGCAGCAUGGAGGGCAUCAACCAUGAGCUGGAGAAAGUCUUCAUCAAAGACAACGGAGAGAAGGACGAGCUCAAGUCUCUGGAGGUUCCAGACGGGCGUCGGGCACCCUUCCCUCCCCAGCAGCGGAGUAGUAGUUCUCGCAGCGUGGACACCCAGACUCCUUCCGCCCCGGGGCGGUCCAGCAGCUGCUCUAGCCUGUCUCCUUGUCCCUCACCAGCCUGUCCUCCAGGGUCACAUGAUGGCAGUCCUUACUCCACAGAGGAUCUGCUGUAUGACCGGGAUAAAGACAGUGGCAGCAGCUCUCCGCUCCCAAAGUUCGCCUCCUCGCCCAAACCAAACAACAGCUACAUGUUCAAGCGCGAGCCGCCGGAAGGCUGUGAGAAGAUCAAAGCCUUUGAGGAGAUGAGCUCCCGGCAGGCGGCGGCAGCAGCGGCCCCCCUCUUCUCCUGCCCCGACAAAAACAAGGUCAACUUCAUCCCGACGGGCUCAGCGUUCUGCCCCGUCAAGCUGCCCGGCUCCCUGCAGCUGGCCCCCUCCUCGGGGCCCGAGGAGGAUGACAGCAAUGCCGGGGCCGGCCAGGGGGCUGCCUCGCUCUACGGGACCCCCACUCAGGUUUCCACCAGCACCAGCACAGAUGACCCACCAGAGGAGCCGGGGUCUCUGUCAGAGACUGCAGACCCCCAGACAGACAGCUAGAGCUGGGCAGGGCUGCCAUCACCACCACUGACUGUCCCACCGGGAGGGCCUCGUCUCUCUGUGCUGACCCCCUCCACCCCCAUCCUAUCACUGCAUGACGUACAAUGUCCCUUCAUUUCCUCCCAGACAGACGCUCGGAGCCGUGUGCAGGGGGCCGCCGGGGGAGGGGCCUCGCCCAGGCGUCCCUGGGAACACCCCAGCAUCAUGGAGGGGGGGAGGGGCAUGCAUUUUAAACUGGUAGUAGAUUUCUGAUUAAAUUAUGUGUUGUGUUCUGUUUCAACAUUCACAGUAUGAAUAAGCUGUAAACGUAUCUACAGAUAUAUCCAGACACACAUAGCUCUAUGAAAGACAGGAACAGCUCGGUGAAACCUCUGGACUGGUUUACUGUGACGGAACGAACCGGAACAAUCCGCUGCACUUCAGGAUUCUGUUUACACUGUCAGUUCACAGGAAGCCCUGACUCCAACAGAACACAAUUAGAGCCUAGACCACAGAAAACUGUUACCACAGCCACUGCACAGUGUGUGCAUCUGGGCGUGGCUUCAGGUGUUUCACAAUCAGAUUCUAUACUCAGGUAAAUUGGAAUGUGUGUCCAUACAAAGUAUCUGCAGCUCCACAAAGCAGAACAAUUCCCUGUCAUGUCAUUCCUAGUUUCUCUCCAUUCCCAGAUGGAUCGCUCCGAGCGUCCCAGGGCCCGCUCCGGGGCCGGACUGGUUCCCAGCCCGCAGCUGGAGCACAAUAGGGACCACACACACUCUGUGCAGAGGUGUGUGUGCUGAUGAAAGCGUUUCCACCAGGAUUUGGAAAAUGCAGCAAGGGUUGUUUUAGUGUCUCAGAGCAUAGUGGACCCCCUGCUGACGGUGGGCCGUCACAUCAAACCCAGACAGUUGGUCCUGCAGGAAUGCAGACUGGAUGUGUAAAUAUACAAACAUUUAUUCUGAUUUAUAGCUUAAUAUCAGCUUUAUAACCUUUUGAGGUUGAUGAGAAUAUCUUCAAGCUGGAUAAAUGAGGAAUUCCCACUGGUAUGUAUGGAAAGCCUUUUUGUCCAUCUAAUCCAAGAUAAAGUUUAUUAAGAUUCCACAGAAUGGCCUCUGUGUCUUAACCAGACAAGCAGCCAUCAGCUUGACAGAAAUCACAAUCAGACCAGUUUCAGUUACUCAGCAGGUCAGACAGAAAAUUUUGAUUUAAAAAAACAAUUUUCAUUAAAUGCAUCAAACAUAAGACCUCCUGCUAUUUUCAGUCUACAUUCCCACCUAUUAUAGGCCAGACCUUUGAUCUUUUUAAAGUUAGAAACAUAAAGUUCAGGAAACUGAACUGUGAUGUAUAUAUUAGAGAGAAGCUUGCAUUUCCUCUGGAUUUAUAUA